AACACGAACUUUAGCUGCACAUACACUGGCUAAUAAUAAUCCUGAUAAUCGUAACUUAUGGCAAGAAAAGCUUUUCAAUGAUUUCAUACCACUUUGUGAUUUAGCACCUGCAUUCUAUGCAAAUGGCGAACAAAUUACUCUUUUGAACGAACCGAAGAUUUUCUACAACGAGCUGAAGAAAUCUUUCCUCUUGGCGAAGAAAAGGAUUUUAUUAGCUGCAUUGUACAUUGGAUCAAAUGAACACGAACUUUUUGCUACUAUUCGGGAAGCGCUUGAGACGUCAGCAAAUCUUCAAGUUCAUAUACUGGUUGACUAUCUCCGUUCUACUCGACCCGGUCCGAAUGGUAUACAGGAUACCACGGCACAUUCGUUGUUUCCACUAGUUAGAGAUUUCCCUGACAGAAUAGUAGUAUCGAUGUAUCAUACGCCUGACUUAGCAGGAUUAUUGAAAAAAACACUCCCUUCGCGGUUCAACGAAAGCAUUGGAUUGAUGCACAUUAAAGCAUUUGUAUUUGAUGAUGAUAUUAUCUUGAGUGGAGCAAACUUAUCGCGCAAUUACUUCACCAAUCGCCAAGAUCGAUAUGUAAUAUUCAAGAACUUACCGUGUCUAGCUGAUUAUUUUGCAGAUUUACUCCGAACAAUUGAAUACUUUUCAUACAAACUUCAACCGGCGGAUGAUUCAACAUUCGCGCUAGAGACCCCCAAGGCGAAUGAUCCAAUAAGUCAAAACACUUUGUUUAGAUCAAAUGCUAACCUUGCAAUGACAGAGUUUAUUCAGCGCUGGAUGAAGAAGUCAAAGGAUGGUGAUCUUAAACCCUUGGACGAAAUCCCAGUCGAUACAGUCAUAUUUCCUGCAAUUCAAAUGGGUCCACUGAGAAUCAGACAAGAUGAAAAGGCUUUCUUAAACGUUCUCGAUGUAGUUCAUCGGCAGGGAUGCUUGCGUGCUAGAGAAAGCAGUUUAUGGACAGUUGUAUUCACAUCGGGUUAUUUUAAUAUCUCUCGGAAAUACAGGCAUAAGAUUUUAAACUCUGAUGCAAAGUUUGAAAUAAUUACUGCAUCACCCGAGGCAAGUUACAGAAAUUUUAAGUUGGAUCUUUGUGCAAGUCCCGAAAAGCUGUCGAUCUCAAUAUCUUCUAUUGCAGGCCAAUGGAUUUUUCAACUCGGAUGUGAAUACAAACGCCCUGAAUGGACUUAUCAUGCAAAGGGACUGUGGAUUUAUAUGAGUGAUAAUCGAUAUCCUUGUGUAACUUUUAUCGGAUCGCCAAAUUACGGGGACAGGUCAACAGAAAGGGACCUUGAAGCUGAAGUGAUUCUGUUAACUAGAAACGAGAACUUACGGAAAGCGGAAGUACGCAAUUUGCAAAAAUACUCAAAGCCAGUGACAGAUGCAACGUUCGACUCAGAAAGACGUAGAGUACCAUAUCUUGUACGACUAGCGACUGCGUUCAUUAAAACGAUGCUUUAG